UCCAUCGUGAGCGAAAGCUGCUUGGGAAAAUCAGCCCCGCCGCCGCCGUAGGCACCAGAAUCCGCGUUGGUUGGUUUGGGUUUUGGUUGGAUUUUGCUGGACAGUCAGUGUCAGAAAAGGUUCGCAGGACAUUUUGGAGACAGUUUUUCCCAAGGAAUAAGGCAGAUUAGUGCUAAACGAUACGAGGAAAACGCAAAAAUUGAAGGUGAAACCGUGCAGUAAGGGCGAUUUUUCAUCCUUUCAGUAGCGCAGGUGGUUCAAGUGAAGCUUGAAAACUGUGCAAGAAAAGGAGGCACACUGAAAAGGAAGAAGAAAUUUUUGGUCGAUUUUUCAACCCACCCCGAAGGAGCCCCAUAGAAAAGUCGAAUUCGCAUUAGGAGAAGACGGUGUGUAGUAAAACGGAAAAGAAAAGGAUUACGGUGGGGUUGGGUUUCACGACGGAAACGCAAAUUUUUCAUAAUCGAGUGAAUUGUUUGGUGGGUGUGAAGUGCGCGAUUGGCCAAAGUGAUUGGGCAGUGAGGUGAUUGGAAAAUUCUAGCCUCGCCGCCACUGGCAGGGGCUACAAGGAGUCAAGGAUACAGCAGCAGUACAAACCAAUUGAAUCGAGAGGGAGAAGAGACAGAAGAAAGAUAUUACCGGCGAGAUCGAUGUGUUCCGGUGGUGGUAGGUGAAGAAGGUGGCUUCCGGAGGAGUUUGUUCAGGAAGCAGCAAUAGGAGAACCCCACCAAGAACUAGCAGCCAGCAGUCGGCCAAAUUUUCUCUCUACCGGUGCCAAAACGUCAUGACCGGAUGCGAGGUAAAGCGUGAGAUGGACCAUCAGUCGGCCCGCACCCGCACUACUCCCACAGCAACCACAACCGUAUCAGUGCUGUAAGUGAUGCGAGCGAUGACCCACGAUGUUCAUCUCGCCCGUCUCUGUUUCAGGAGUUACGAUGCACGGGCUGAGUCACCUGCCAGCCGGCUCAACCCUGGAGGCACUCACACAGGCAACGAUCAUUCUCAUCCUAGCGGUCGCCAUCAUCGUAGCCAACCUCAUUGUAGUAGCAACAUAUCUUAACUUUAAGGGUCCUCACGAGGUCAUCAACUAUUACCUGCUAUCGCUGGGCGUUGCCGAUCUGCUAUGCGGUCUGUUAAUCGUGCCUCUGUACGUCUACCCGGCCUUCUACGGCGACUGGGUCUACGGGGACGUGCUGUGCCGAAUCGUCGGCUACCUGGAAGUGACCCUCUGGUCCAUCUCGGUGUACACGUUCAUGUGGAUCUCGGUCGAUCGGUAUCUGGCAGUUAGGAAACCGCUGCGCUAUGAAACGAUACAAACCAAAACCAGAUGCCAAUGCUGGAUGGCGUUCACGUGGAUUUCGGCCGCGAUGCUAUGCUGUCCACCGCUGCUUGGCUACAACGAAGCCUUCUACAACAAAGACACCCACAUCUGUAUGCUCGAGUGGGGCAACAUGGCCGCCUAUAGUGCAACGCUGGCAAUCCUGGUCCUGGGGCCGAGUGUAAUCUCGAUCGUCUACAACUAUGGCUACAUAUUUACGAUGAUGCGUAAGGUGCGAUCGGGAGCACCGAUCCAUGAUAAGGAGUACGCCACGGCACUGGCCGAGAAUCUGGCCAAUCCGAGCCACUGUAUGUCAUUUGCAUUGGUGUUCUCUUUCUGGGUCUCGUGGGGUCCGUACAUCGGGCUGCGGAUCUAUGAGCUGGUGAUGCAGGAGCCGUACGACCAUCCGAUGGUACAGUUCGGUGCCGUCUGGCUGGGGAUCCUCAACUCGUUUUGGAAGAUCAUUAUCAUGACCAGCAUGUCGCAGCAGUUCCGGCUGCUGGUGCGGUUACUGUUCCUGACGAUCUGCUGCAAAACCAAGGGCCGGCUGCAGGCCGAACUGAUCGGGCUGGAUCCGGACGACUAAGGAGCUGGGCAAUGCCACUUGCAAUACGUCAUUCCGUCUCUGUUAGAGGAGAAUCGAGCAGAAUUCCACCAUCCCCAGCAUCACGCUCAGUGUAAAACCAGGCACCGAACAUCUUCCGCUGGGACGAAGAUGCAGCAGAAAUUCGAUAGAUUUAGUAAUAAGAACGCUAGCGAGUAGGCGACAGAAGUUUCAAUUAAUAUUGUUGUAAUUUUAAUACAUACAAACCCACAAAGAACACUGUACUACUAACUCUAAUCUAACUAAGGCUACUAUGCGUAGGGUAAGCGACUAGACGUGUGGAAAUCUUAUCAUGUGGCGGCGCAUUUUAAACGCUGUAGUAAAUCUCAGAACAAUCAUUCUACUUAGUAAUCGACUCUGCAACAGAUAGAGAAAAACAAUAUCGUUAUUACAAAAUGUUAAUUGAGAUGUAACAAUUAGCAGGCUGAGUCGAGGGUUAAAUGUGCAGAGCCAACAGACAAACGGCGUGUUCGGAAAGUAUAUAUUAUACAAUUCACUUUCAGGGCUUAAACAACAGACACAGUAAAAUGAAAACCAGAUGCUUAAACGAUAAUACACAAAUUCAAUGAAGCAAGCGGUACAGUAGUAGAACGACGAUUGGCGGCAGUAAAUAAUGACAAAUUUCAACAACGUAGAGCUAUUUUCUAGGUUUUAAAAGAGUGAGAAUACUGAAACAACAACCAAAAACAUGAACAAUUUAAGCACAACAAACGGUUGGGUAAACUAGGCGACACACAGUGAACUCGAAAAACCAACGACGCUUUCAGGAAGGAGGGCACCAGGCAGCGCCACAGUAGGAGACUCGUUGCGUUCGUUGUCUCGAAUCGUAUUUGUUUAACGCUUACUCAAUCAGAAUCACAAUUCUUCGCAAAACGACGGAACGUCAGAUUCAACUGGAUGUUAGGCUAAUUCGAUCUUUUGAAUAUCUUGAUCUGUUUUUUGGAUGAAAUGGGAAUGGAAAGCUCAUAACUUGUAUCGAGUAUCGAGGCAAAAAGUAUUUAAAAAAAAUUUCAUUGUUUCACAUAAUUUCAUGUAAAUAUAAUAGACAAAGCCAGCAAAAUGUUCGAGAUAAAAUACGUUAAAUACUAUUGAAGCUGAUUCGGUAUGUUUACUUUUAGCCAGUUAAGCACAUUUUUUCAGAGAUAACGGAAGCACAAUCAUCUUAAAUCAUUCUAAAAGUACACGUUAAUAAGAACGAUUUUGCUACCCAAGGUUCAAAACUAUGAAGAUUUGUGCACUGUACAGUAUUUAUAGAAUUUCACAUUGUCUCUGUUUUCAAUCAGCUAGAUUAAUCACAGUUGUUCAACAAUACUGUAUAGAGAAAAAAGUUUGUUUUAUAUUAAACCUUCAAAUCGGCAACCAUUUAAAAAAAAAGUUAAAAAAGCACGGCUACAUUUGGCUACAUCGCGUAGCAGUGCGAAUUGAAUACGUUUUCUAUAUUUCCGUUCGUAGUUUCUGCUUGAUUUUGAUUGACUUAUUAAUCGUCUUUAUCGGUCAGUCCUACUCAAAGUAUGAGGGAUAAGCGAUAAUCGAAAGUUUGAAAAUCAACAGAUCGAUGUACCGUUUUGACUCAAAUUCCAAACAGACUCAUGUUCCGAACAAUCAUCAUAUGGAAAUGAAUCAUUUCGUUAUUAUCGCAUAAAUGAACAACGGGGGUACAGAUCGAGGACAUUAUAAUUGUCCAACAAUGAGAUUAAAUUUUCCAUUGUAGUGUUUUUGGGGUGGUGUUCGGAGUUUGAGACAAAGAUUGGCAUAAAAAAUCAGUCUGUAUUGAAAGUUAUCAUCAAGCGCUUAUAUGAAAGUUCUAUUCGUUCGCCAUCCGAUUGAAACAAUUGAUCUGUGCUUAAGUGUUCGGAAUAUGAAUCAAAACGGUAUGAAGCGACAGAAUGUAAAAGAGAGGCAUAGAGAUUAUCUAUUGAACACACGAAGUCAAAUCAAUUCUAGUGUCCUGGUUGUAGACGGCUUGAUUAGUGCUGUGGAAACCACCAUGCCAAAACAGACCGGCCGUAGGCGAUGAACAAAUUAAACGUCAUAAUCACGAUCGACGAGGAAAUUAGGAAUCUAGGAAUUUAGGAAUUUAACAAUUCAGGAAUUUCGGCGUGCGUUUGGAAAUUCAGGAGUUUAGAAACAUAGGAACAAAGAAGCUUAGGAACUUGGUAAUUUAGGAAUUCCUGAGAUCUCAGCGAUUUCAGAACUCAA